AAGUCUUCUUUAAGGAACCUUUGGCUAUCAGAUUAUUAAUCGAUUUGCAAAAUAAUAGUUAGUUUCAACUCUAGUUCAGACCAUGUCUUUCUUUUUGAGGGAGACAGAGUUUGCUUCCAUAUGGACCCUGAUCCAGCUCUGUUCUUUAAUGUGAACAGACAAACAAAGAUAAAGUCCCAUGAAGGUCCAGAAGGACUUUCCUGCUGUAAAUGUACCUGGUAUUGUAAUUCUCAUGAUUAAACCAGUGUUUUUAUUUAUCCCUGUUGAUUUCAGAGGUUUAAACUGAUGAGCCUCUGUUCUCGGCUCAUCCUCCCUGUUAUCCGCUGAAAGUUCUGCUCUCUCCAACUUUCUUAAUGCUUGAUUGAUCUGAAAGUCAAACGUCUGUCCCUGUGUGUGUCAUUUAUUCAUUGUCAUUACGUCCAACCUAAAUGAGAUCUGACUGCAGGGAAGAAUUAACUGCUGUUGCAGGUUUAUCUGUCCUUGCUGCGGAUGUACCUCUCCCCCCCUGACUCUCACUACCUGGGGCCCAUUACGAUGGAGCUCACUGAGCCUAAGGCAAACCUGCAGGCAGCCCUGCAGGUCCUGGAGCUGCACCACAGCAAGCUGAACACCUCCAAGGCUAUUAAUCUGCUCCCAGCAAACACUCAGAUCCGAGAGAUAAGGGUGUUUCUUGAGAGCGUCCUGGAGGAGAAGGCCCAGAUGAAGCGCUGUAAUCAGGUGUUGAAGAGUCUCCUGCAGGCCGAGUUCCUCCGGGUGCAAGAGGAACGAAUCUUCCAUCAGCAGGUUAAAUGUGUAAUAACAGAAGAAAAAACCUGCAGAGUCUGCAAGAAGAAGAUAGGAAACAGUGCAUUUGCCAGGUAUCCUAAUGGCGUGGUUGUGCAUUAUUUCUGCUGCAAAGAUCGCAGCGUCUGCCCCACUGAGCAGUAAGAGCCGCUUCACACUGGGCCUGAUAAACCCCCACCUUCUCCUCCACCCUUUGGACUCGGACAUGUUGGAAGGACUAAUAUAAAUAAAGUAUUGAUUUAUUUUUGGCCUGAGACAUCUCAGAGCAGAGCGGGGCCACAGUUUGAGCCUUUCUCUCGGUACACAUGAAGAAACAUUCGGAAAGACUCUCAAGAGGAAGAGAGAGGUCGAUGCAGACAAUCCAAAACGUGCUUCUGAAACACUGUAAAGGAUUUGUUGCCUUACAGGCAUGAUUAUUGACAGCUGGGAUGACGGAGGUUUGUGCUGAGUAUCUCUGAUUAUCACAGACUGGGCUUUUUUGGUUAGUUCCCUAGAGACCAUUGAUAUGCCAUACUGAGAGCUACAGUACUGUUAAACGCCUUCUGUGACUCUGAAGAUUGUACCUGUGUGAAACAAGAUGUCACUCAUCACUUUCUGUUAGAGUAUAACCAACUUUGUUGUUUCCCUAGAACAUAUCAGUUUUUGUCAUUUAAUAUAAUUUACAAUUCAGUUUUUUUUCCCACCUAAUCUAUACCCAAAUUAACCACUUGUUUUUUAUUUUAUUCAAUUUAAUCAGUUCAAUUGUGGGUUGAGGAAUAGAGUUUAUCACCAUCACUGGUCUGCCUUUGUUAGUUGGGAUCUGUUACAGUAAAUAUAUUUACCAUAGGUUUGGACUGUUUACACAAAACCUAAAAGAAAUAACAUCACCAAGGCUUAUUAAUCAGUUUUAAAACUGUAGCAGUAUUCACUUCAACACCUUUUUAUCAUUUUUUAUUUCCAACUUUAACUGGAAGCUUGAAUUUUUGUGUUUUCUCUCACUAAGAGAGAAAAUGUUAGUCCUGCACUUUAAAUUGAUUCUAUGAUUUUUUUUUUUUUUUAUACUGUAAUUAUACUAAACCUGAGAGGAAGGGUAGAUAUUUGAAGGCAAUAUUGUUCUGAAAUGUGUCUGUUUGCUGUUUCUCUAGUGAGAAGUUCAAGGAGCAGAGAUGUUUUCUUUACUAAAAAUUAAAAAAGCAUGCAGCGUUUGCUGGGUCAUUUCUCCUUAUUUGAUUUAACCUUUAAGCUCACAAAUUCAUAAACAAACAGGUUUUAGAUGCUAAACAUGCAUGGUAACAUUACUAUUGAGAAUGAAACUAAAGCUUUUUAAGUAAGUAAGUUUAAGAUUUGUAUUUUUUUGUUUUCAUCUACAAAAAUGUGAAAUCAAAUGUUCCAUCUGAUAGAAUACAAGCUUAGAAGUUACAAAUACAAGGUUACAGCUAAGAAACAAUAAAAGUAUAAAUCACUAAUUUAAACAAUCAUAAAUUUCCAAGUAUAAAUUGCAAAUAUAUGAGCAUUAAAUUACAGAUUUAAAGCACUGAAUAAGAAUUGUACAAGUUGAAUUUCGGUUGACUACAGUAAACAAAACAAAUGAUUGAUUUAAUAUUGACUUAAAUGUACAAAUGUUGUUACUCAUGUAUCCUUUUUGAGUUAUAUUAGCACAUAAUGGUGUUUGAGGACUGGCCAGCCUCUUAAACAUUUACAUAAAAUUUUUACUGGGACAAAUAUCCCCAUUCUAGACUUUUAAUGAUUUAUUUAAACAUUUCUUCUUUCAUUCAGGAAGGAAUUGAAUGAGCUAGCGGUGUCCCAAUCCAACUUUUUAAUUGCUGAUAUGACAUCAAAAUAGCAGCUUUGAGUUCUGUAUGAUACCAAUAUUGACCCAAUAAGAUAUCAGGACAAAAGAUACUCAAGUUGUUCGAAAGUCAAAAAAAGGCUGAUUAGGUACAACAAGUAUGAGAAAAACGCAUCCCUUUAUGUUUAACUAAUGCGUUGCAUAAAUUUUAUAUUAAAAAGGAAAUUCAUCUGUUGAAUAAAUUAUAAUUUAGAAGACUGGAAAAUUGUGCGAGACAGGUUUUGAACUCAGCAGUAGCUUGUUUUUCAACCUCCAGAAGGUAAAAGCCACAUCGCAGCGUAACAUCUGCUGUGGUGACGGCGCUCUGUGUGCAGGAUACAAGCACGGCUACAUAGAAAUACUAAAGCUGAUUACAUGAUGGAGCCAAGUCCAUCUAUCUGUGCUCAUAUCAGACAUUUUAGAUGCAAGUUGAUAUAAGUUGAUCAGCAGAUCCCUUCUUGAAACAACAUUUUGUUGAAUUUCUAAAAAGAACGAGGUGCAUGAGUUAAAGCUGAUUGAGCAAGUAUACAUGUUUCACUUCACUAUAAUGACCUUUGGAGAUGUUAAUGAUUUUUAUUGGUGAUCAUGUUUGCUGUGUUUGCAGUUUGCUCUGGAAUUUAUGUGAAUUUUCUUAAAUUAAUGGUUAUUUAACGUCUUCAUAUUAGAAUAAAAAAGAAACUGUAUGUGUGACUUUACACACACCUUAAAGACAUUUAAAGCAGAUGAAAAUAAUGCAAAAAUACAUUUAAUAAACAUGAAAUAUGCAAACUGAUAGAAGUAAAAGUAAAAGAUUGCUGACUGGUUAUUGAAAUCUCGUUGCCAUUGAGGUGUCCAAUUACUGUUUGAACCUUUUUUGGGGGGGGGUUUCACUCCUAGCAAAUCCCCUCCCAUCAGGGCCUUUUAGAUAUUUACUUUAAAAACUGAUAUUACAUCAUAAUUUGUCACUAUUUUUAAGCUUUUCUUAUAAAUCAACUUCAAUCCCUCUAAAAACUAACAAACUUUCAGUUUCAGGAUCUAAUUC